CGGGUGGUGGCCGUGCGCUUCCUGAGACACGCAGAUUGCCUCGAUGCUUCUCUCCCACCUUCAGUCCUUUUGCUGCUGCAGCCAGAACAGCAGCAGCAGCAGCAAGAUCAGCAGCAGCAGCAGCACCAGGGUGGCGGACCGCAACUGCAGUCUGUUAACUCUGCGAAGGAUGAGAGCCCAAAGGCCGCAAAUGCAGCAACGCAGCUGGAAGCUACAAUGAGUACUGCUGCUGCUGCUGUUGCUGCUGCUGCUGCAGUUCCUCCUUCUGCUGCUGUUCCCCCUUCUGCGCGCUAUAUUGUUUACCAGGCCCUCCCACUUGUUUUUCAGCGCUUUCAGCUGCAGGUGAUUUCUGCGCUCCCACGGCAGUGGAGCAGCAGACCUCCCGAAGUUCUUCCGUUGGCCCCCGAGGACUCACUGACCGACUUGCUGCUACACAUCGUCAAGGAACACGAAGAGGUUGAGUUGCUGCCGUCUCUGCAGCAGCUACUGCAGAGAAGCCAUAGCGCAUCAGCAGCAGCAGCAACGCAGCAGCAACUGGAGGCCACACGCCUUGAGCUGCAGCAGCUGUCUCAAGGCGAAGCCUCCGAGGCUGGCUCAAGCCCAGCAUGCCAGGAAGCCACUAUAGAAACAAAUGACAGACAAGACAGAGAAGCAGCUGCUGCAGCAACGCCAACAGCAGCAGCAGGAGCAGCAGCACCCAGUGCAGUACCAACUGCAACACCUGCAGCAGCGCUGGCAGCAGCAUCUUCAGCUGCUGACACUCCACCAGCAUGUAGAGAAUGCACCCCGGAAACAAUUAGCAGCACCAGCAGCAGCAGCAAGAACAGUCCCGAGCCAGAGGCAGAGGCAGCAACAGCAGCUGCCGCAGCAGCAACAGCAGCAGCAGCAGUAGCAGCAGCAGCGGCACAACAGGAGCUCCAAAUUCCUUGCUCUCUCUCAGAAGGCAGCCAGCUAUCAUCCAAUGAGCAACAGCAGCAGCAACAACAGCGGCAACAGCGGCAGCAGCGCACACACGAUGAAAGCUUAGAGCAGCAGCAGCGGCAGCAGCAGCAGCGCAAGCAGCAAGAGUGUUUAGGGCAGCAGGAGCAGCAGUGCAGGACCCAGGCUCGAUGCGAAGUGUAUAGGCUGCGCAUUCAGCAGCAGCAGCAGCAACGCCACCAGCAGCAAAGGCUGCAGGGGCAACAGCAGCGGCGUCUUCCUUCUGGUAUCGAGCCAAGGAGUAGAAGCAGCAGUUUGAGUGAAAGCAGCAGCAGCAGCAGCAGCAGCAGCAGCAGCAGCACUUUUUGUAGCUCGCUUCUGCCCAAUGGAGACAAGCCGUGGUUGCUGCAGCAAGAUGAGUUGCAGCAGUGGAGGCCAGAAGUCGUGGCAGCAGCAAGAGCAGCACACAUGACAGAUUCAGAGCAGCAGCAGCAGCAGCAGCAGCAGCAGCAGUCACUCCAGGAGCAGCAACAAUAUCAAAGGGGGAGGCGGCUGCACAGCCAGCAACAAAAGCAGCAGCAGCAGCAACAGCAGCAACAGCGGAUCCUCCGGCUUCAACAGAAACCCCGUUUGUUGCUUUUGCAGGGACGAGUUCUAGAGGAAGAAGAGUUGCUGCUGCAGCACGAGCGUCUGCUGCAGCAAGAGCGAGAGCAAGCUCUGCUGCAGCGCAAGCAGCAGGAGACCCUGCUUCAGCAGCAGCAGGAGCAGCAAGAAGCGUUGCUGCUGCAAGAAGAGCAGCAGCAGCUGCUAUAUCAGCAAGAAGCGGAGCUGCUGCUGCAGCAACGCCCGAGAGGCGAAGACCUGGAUGGAACUUACUUUUUGCAUCAGCAGCAGCAGAUGCUGGAGCAACAGCAGCAGCAGAAAUUGCUGCAGCAGCCGCAUGAGGAGGAGCAGCAGCAUGAAUAUGAGGAGAGUGAGGAAGCUUCUUGGCAUAGGCACGCAGCAAGGAGGUGUCAGCAGCAGCAGAAGCAGCAGCAGCAGGACUUCCCACCAGAGUAUGCGCUUCGGAGGCAGCAGCAGCUGUUUCUCAGGGCGGAGCAGCAGCAGCAGCAGCAGUAUAGCCACCGGCAAGCUGGGAUUUAUCACAGGGGAGUUGGACUGCAGCGGGAGAAAGAUCAGCAGCAGAGCAAGCAGCAGCAACGUGUGCAGCAGCAGCAGCAGCAGUACCGACGCUACUUCACAGAACCACAGGUGCAGCAGCAGCAGCAGCAAGAGCAGCAGCAACACAAAAAGCAGCAGAAGGCGUCCCGCCUCAGAGCUCCAAGCCCCUCUACAUGGGAUCAGCUGAAUCCGCUGCAGCAGGAGCAGAUGCAGCAGCAGCAAAUGCAGCAGCAGCAGCAGAUGCAGCAGCUGCUGCAGCAACAGCGGCAACGGGAAUUUCAGGUACGAGCAGAGCAAGAAGAAGUAAUGAAACAGCAACAGCAAGAAAUGCUGCUGCACGAAGAAGCUGCAGCAGCGCAGCAGCAGUGGCACCAGCAUGGGGAGAGGCUGCUGCUAGAAGCAGCAGCAGCAGCUAAGCAAAAGCGGCAGCAGCAGCAGCAGCAGCAAGAAGCACAACUGUUUAGUGACAGUGCUUUCCUGAGGCGGCAUCGAGAGGCCUUCGGAUACUUCAAACAUGGGGUGGAGCAGCAGCAACAGCGGCAGCAGCAACGGCAGCAACAGCAGCAGCAGCAGCAGCACCAAAACUCUAUAAGAAAACCGCAGCGCGUCCACAGAAGCGCACACUGCAACAAGUCCAGGCAGCUGCAGCAGCCACGGCUGCACCCCAGCUAG